GGGCGGAUCCACAAGAGCCCGCCCCCUAAUACCUCCAUUGGUAUCACGACGAAGUUCCUCCGGCUUGCUUUCCUUGAGCGAAACCUUGUGUAUCUGUCUCUUUGGAACACAUAUGGCUGCCCGAGUUCUCGUCGGUGUUAAGCGGGUCAUUGACUAUGCAGUGAAGGUCCGCGUGAAGCCGGACAACACCGGCGUGGUGACAGAUGGCGUGAAGCACUCGAUGAACCCCUUCUGUGAGAUCGCCGUGGAGGAGGCCGUCAAACUGAAGGAGAAGCAGCUAGUAAAGGAGGUGGUGGCGGUCAGCUGUGGCCCCCAGCAAGUGCAGGAGACCAUCCGCACGGCUCUGGCCAUGGGGGCGGACCGUGGCAUCCACGUGGAGGUGUCUGGGAAGGACUACGACGCCUUGGGUCCUCUGCAGGUCUCCAAGAUCAUGGCCGCUUUGGCCAAAAAAGAAGAGGCCAAUCUGAUCAUCCUGGGCAAACAGGCAAUCGAUGACGACUGUAAUCAGACGGGCCAGAUGACUGCCGCCCUGCUGGACUGGCCUCAGGGCACUUUCGCGUCUGAGGUGGUCCUGGAGGGUGACAAGCUGAAGGUGGUGAGGGAAGUUGACGGCGGCCUGGAGACAGUGAAGCUGGACAUGCCGGCCGUGGUGACAGCGGACCUGCGGCUCAACACCCCGAGAUAUGCCACUCUGCCCAACAUAAUGAAAGCAAAAAAGAAGAAGAUCAGUGUGGUGAAGCCAGGGGACCUAGGUGUGGACGUGGCGUCGCGUUUGGAGGUGCUGCGGGUGGAGGAGCCUCCCCAGCGGAAGGCAGGGGUCAAGGUGGAAACUGUGGAGGAUCUGGUCUCCAAACUCAAAGAAGGUGGAAGGAUAUAGAGGCACAGGGACAGACUGGGAGGUAAAUGGGUCUAAACAAAGCUGUAUUUGAGGGGAAGUAAAAUAAACAAAUGACAUUAAAAUUCAGGCAUGGUUCUUACAGCCAGGGAUUAGCAGAGGUAGGCGUAGCCAGGAGGUUCUCACAGAAAGAAUGUUGCCUUUUAGAAAUGUCUGGCGGGCUGCUUCCCCAGGCCUGCACAACAUGCGAUGACGAUAUCGGCAUUGUAUGUUAUGUACACAGUUGUUAUGUCGCAAUGGCUACAACACUCAGCUGGGUGGAUACUGUGAAUAAGUAAAGCUAAGACAAUCAUUACCAUUUUUGUCCUUGCUGUUUGACUCGCUCAUAGACAGUAGCGGCUUUAACGAAAACAAGGAGAAAAGUGAUUAAGAACUGGUCAGCAAAAGAUGUUAAUCUUCUGUUGUAUGGAAAUAAUUUGUAUUCCAUAGAGACGAUGUUGAGCAAAAGCGAGUGAUUUGUCAACACUGUUUUGUGUCUGUUGGCAACUCACCAACUUAUUUGACAGACACUGUUGGUAGAUUAUAGCCAAAUGAAAUAUCGUGACAUUUAUCGCAAA